AUGUUUCUAGUACAAAAAUGGCAUUGUAUCUAUUGUCUCAGGAAAAACUGGAAGGUGAACGAUUUUUUGUACAAAGUGGAGAAGACUCGAGGAGAACAGGAGACUCUGAGUCUAAACUCCAACCUGCAGCUCACCUUCACUGGAUUUUUCCAUAAAACAGGACGAUCGUGUCAGGACAGUGAGAACGAACAGAACACUGUAUCUUUGGAGGUGCUUCUCGUUAAAGUCUGCCACAAAAAGAGAAAGGAUGUGAGUUGUCCAGUAAAGCACUUCCCAGCAGGUAAAAAGUCUGUCCCCCUGAAUCCAGACUGUGGGGUGCAGAGCCGUCAGACCGGAGCCUCUCUUAUGGUCCCCAGCUCAGAGUUUGAACCCACAAACCAGCACACAGUCAAGUCCUAUUCCCUGCUCUUCAGAGUCUGCUGCCCUGGAUUCAGACCGGCCCAGAACCACAGCCUGACCAACGGGGACGCCCUCCACAGCAGAGAUUUCUCAGAGGAAACGGUGAACAGGAAGCGGAGGAGCUCUUCUCUCAAAGAUGAGACAGAGACAACUUUCGUGGCACAGAUGACGGUUUUUGAUAAAAACAGGAGGCUGCAGCUUCUGGAUGGAGAGUAUGAGGUGUCUCUGCAGGAGGUGGAGGACAGUCCCAUUGGCAAAAAGAGGGCAACAUGGGAGACCACGGUGGAUGGAAGACGAUUGCCUCCAUUUGAAAACUUCUCCCAAGGUCCCACUCUUCAGUUCACUCUCCGCUGGACCAGUGACAGUUCAGAGACCCCCUCCGCCCCCACCACAAAACCUCUGUCCACCCGGAACACCGACACCAACCAGGAAGUUAACCAGGAAGUCAACCAGGAAGUUAACUCUGACGUCAACCAGGAAACAAGGACGAUAGCAUCACCUACACAAGCUGUUAAAGAGUCUGUAAACAUGGAUGUACAAAUGAAAAAAGAGCCCGUCUUGUCUGAACCACGACAGAAACUACGCAUCUUCUACCAGUUCCAGUACAACCACAACACCCGUCAGCAGACCGAGGCCAGAGACGACCUGCACUGCCCCUGGUGCACCAUCAACUGUAGGAAACUCUACAGCCUCCUCAAACACCUCAAACUGUCGCACUCACGUUUCAUCUUCAACUAUGUGCCUCACCCUAAAGGCGCUCGGAUCGAGGUCUCCAUAAACGACUGUUACGACGGCUCUUACGCUGGAAACCCUCAGGACAUGCACAGCCAGCCCGGGUUUGCCUUCAGCAGGAACGGGCCGGUCAAACGCACCGCGGUCACUCACUUUCUCGUCUGCAGGCCUCGACGGUUAAAGCCGAGUCUUUCCGAGUUCCUGGAGUCUGAGGACGGAGAGCGAGACCAGACCAGGACCUACAUCAGCGGACACAACAGGCUGUACUUCCACAGUGACUGCUGUAUGCCGCUCCGAGCUCAGGAAAUGGACCGGGACAGUGAGGACGAGAGAGACCCUGACUGGCUCAAGGAGAAGACCAUUAAGCAAAUUGAAGACUUCACGGACGUCAAUGAAGGAGAGAAAGAGAUCAUGAAGCUCUGGAACCUCCACGUUAUGAACACGGGUCAGUUUAUCGCAGACAACCAGAUGAACACAGCGUGCCUUCUGUUCGCCGAUCUCCACGGGUCGUACAUCGUCCAGAACGAUUUGUGCCGAAACUUCCUCCUUCACUGGUCAGCAUGCACGACUUCAACCUCAUCACCACGGCAACAAUCGACAUCGCCAUGUCCAAACUCCGGGACAUUCACGAAACUGCAAAAACCUAAACUGGAUCGGAGUAACAACACAGAGGAGGAAGAGGAGGAGGAGGAGGAAGAGGACUGGAGAGACUGCCGCCGAAUCACAACCGGAUAA